CCGCCGGGAGCGGCGCGGCGCCCGCCGGGAUCAGGUCACCAUGGCGGCCCGUGUCCUCUCGGCCUCUGCCCGCCGCCUCCUGCCGCGCCCGCCGCCGCCCGCCCCGCGCCCCGCCGCGCUCGCCACGUUCUGUGCCCGCCGCCCGCCGGCCCUGCCGCUGGCGCAGCCGCCGGCGCGGGCGAGGCCCGGCGCGGAGCGGGCGGCCCGGCGCGGCGCGCUGCCGCCGCGUCUCUUGCAGGUGCCGCGGGCGGCCUGGCCCCCGUGCCGCCGCUUCUCCGACCUGCCGCCCCUGACCUUGGCGGACAUCAAGGACCGCGUUCUCUACGUCCUCAAGCUGUACGACAAGAUCGACCCCGAGAAGCUCACGGCCGAGUCUCACUUCAUGAAAGACCUGGGCCUGGACAGCUUGGACCAAGUGGAAAUCAUCAUGGCCAUGGAGGACGAAUUCGGGUUCGAAAUUCCUGAUGGAGAUGCAGAAAAACUAAUGUGUCCACAAGAGAUUGUAGACUACAUUGCAGAUAAGAAGGAUGUUUAUGAAUAAACCCAGUUCUUCAAAGCCGAGAGCUGUCCCUGCUGCCGGGCCAGGGCGGCAUCAGCGGCUGUGAGUGUAAGCGCACAUACUCUGCCGUGGCGGCUUUCAGCAGAAAGCUGUGCUUGGAUGUUGUAUUUAAAGCUGUCUGGAUACGUUGUCCUUUAAAAACAAGAAAAAUAAAAAGGAAUAAAUCUGUGA